UAGUGGAGUAAUUUUCUACAAUAAAAUUUGGUGGUGCUCGAUAAAUUUAUAUAUUUUUCAUAUUUUCUAACUAGUUAUAGUGCUUAGUGCGUACUGGAUUAAACAUUCUCUUAUCACAAACGUUCAUUUAAUAAUCUCGUUCAUUCUUCCUGAACGAAAAUGUGUUACGGUUUCCAAUAAUUUUUUAUUCAAUUAGUUGUUUUCAAAUUCGUAUUUCAUUGUGAUCUAAAUUUUUAUACCUGUACAAUUGAUCUAAGACAAAUGGCAGACUCGGCCAGCGAAUCCGAUUCCAGCAGUAUCGACGGUGGCCCUAUUAUGAUGCCACCCAGCCCCAUCACCAGGGAGCAACUGCAAAAGCGCAUCGAGAGUCUUCAGCAACAAAACAGAGUGUUAAAAGUCGAGCUAGAAACCUACAAGUUGCGAGUCAAGGCGCUCCAAGAGGAGAAUCGAGACCUUCGAAAAGCUUCAGUUAUUAUACAAGCGAAAGCGGAACAAGAAGAAGAAUUCAUCUCGAACACUCUUCUCAAGAAGAUCCAAGCACUGAAGAAGGAAAAGGAAUCCUUGGCCCAUCACUACGAAAGGGAAGAAGAAUGCUUAACCAACGAUCUCUCUAGAAAGUUAACCCAAUUACGUCAAGAGAAAUGUCGCCUCGAACAGACCUUAGAGCAAGAACAAGAGUGCCUUGUCAACCGUCUGAUGAGAAAAAUCGAGAAGCUCGAAGCCGAAACUCUCGCAAAGCAAAGCAAUUUAGAACAGCUACGUAGAGAGAAGGUCGAAUUAGAGAACACUCUGGAGCAAGAACAAGAGGCACUCGUCAAUAAGUUAUGGAAACGUAUGGACAAAUUAGAAGCGGAGAAACGAAUGCUCCAAAUCAAGCUCGAUCAACCGAUAUCCGAUCCGGCUAGUCCUAGGGAAAUAAGCAACGGCGAUACGGCCAGCAAUUUGAGUACUCACAUUCAAACACUUCGCUCUGAAGUGGCUAGGUUAAGAUCGACUUUGGCCACCAGUCAGCAAGAGCACACUCAAAAAAUGCAACGUUUUGCUCAAGACGAACGGAAUAUUAAAGAAGAAAAUUUAAGACUACAAAGAAAAUUACAAUUGGAAGUUGAACGUAGAGAGGCGUUAUGUAGGCACUUGUCUGAAAGUGAAAGUUCUUUGGAAAUGGAGGAGGAGAGACAUUACAAUGAACAGGUGUUAGGCGUAAGACAGCACACGGUAUCUCCUGUUCCUGCGUACAAUCCAUCGCCUAGUCAAAGUCGACCCUUAAGUCCAGGUAGCAUGAAUGCGAUACAAACGUCGAGAGAUUCGUUAGCCGUAGGGCCGCUGAGGUGCCACUCGUGCGGACAACUUCUCAACCAUCCAGUCAAUCCGGCCUGCAUCUCGUCGGCUUUACAUCCAGUCGGUUCGAGCAGUCCUCCGGCUCCUCAUCGUAGAACUAGCGAACGGUUUAUAAAACCGGCGAUACCUGCUGCUCCUCAACCUGCUAGUCCCAUGGAUACUUCAGUCAAUAAGGACUAGUAUGAUAGAUAACGUGAUAUAAUGGAAACCCUGCUACAAAGUGAAGUAAUUAAACGUUUUACAAAUUCUCUAUAACAGGUUUGCCGGAUGCAGGAGCAGCUGAAUCUUUUAGUUAACAAAUUUUGUUUUGCUUUGAUCACUGUUUUUAUAAAAAACAUAUUAAAAAUAUAUAAAUGUAUGCAAGUACUUAUGUCAUAAUAUUGGGGGUUUUCCUACUUCUGGCCCCUGUUGAAAUGUUUCUAAAUGUUUAUGAUGAUGUAACAAUAAGAUGAAAUAUUUGCAUUGGAAUUAUGACUAGACGAUAUUUCUAAUUAUUAUCUCUUCUUAAUAUUUUGAGAGUAAAGAUAUUAAAUUCAAAUACCUCUUGUCUUUUAAACGAGGAUUACCUAAUUAAGUAUAUCCUGAGAGAAAGCGGUAAAGUUUAAUUCAGAUAUUAUUAAAUACUUGUUUGUUUAUUUGAUGUAUGCUUUGAGAAACAACCAGUUUUCUUCUAAUUGCUUCCGAUUCAUUUCUAAAUAGAUGUAAUGAGAUUAAAAAUGUUUUUGGAUUUUUCGUCUAGUAAAGUGUCAUUAUGUUUGGUCAUUAGAAACUUGCAAACAAAACUUAUAUUAUUAAUCUAUUUGUUAAAUUCCUUGCAAUUUAAUGGUGCUGACGAAAUAUGUUUCGAAUUUGUUAUAAAGGAGAACGCGAGUAUGCUCUUUUUAAAAACAUGGUGUAACCGAAAACCGAAUUUUUUAUUUCAAAAUAUUAAAAUUUUUAAGCAUUAAGUUUUUCGAAGCUAGUUUUGAAUAAUUGAUUUGAUUUUGAUAAUUGGUACAUCAGAAUUUAUGGUGUUUUUAUUUAGUUUUUACAUUUAUUUCGGUUAUUGUGAUAAAAUAAUACAUUUAAAUCGAAUUAUUCUAAUUUUUUUGUUUCUUUACAUUUUACUUAUAAAGUAAUAUUAUUCAUUUGUAUUUCUAUUAGUACAGACGAUGAGUAUUUAAUAUGGCAUCUGCAUUUUUAAAUACUUAUUUACCUAAGUUAUUCUUUUAUUCAGUAUAUUAAAAUGCGUAAGGCCAAUUUGAAAUUUCAAUGUUGUAAAGAUAAGUUGCAUGAGUUUCUAAAGUUCGAACAUAAGUGAUAAAAAAUUGAAUAUAUUUUUUAUAUUUCACCAAUUUGUUGCCAAAAUUCUUUUAUCGUGGCAUAGCCAUUUUCACAUUUCAUGUGAUAUUUAAUAAAGUUGAACGAUGAAAAUUUUAGUCUAGAUAUCAACAUUAUUGCAAAAUGUAUUAAAAUAAAUAGAAAGUAA